UCUAGUCGUGCGCUUGGACGUGAUCGCAACUCACGGCUUCUCGUCUGGCGGGGUCCCCAAAUAUUCGACACUCCUCCUCGUGAAACUCUGACGUGUUCAUCGCGCUGUUUUUUUUCUAUUCCGCCAGUGGAAAGAAAAGCCAGUGCGGAUGAGAAAAAGUGUUCAUGUGGCUAUUUUUAGACACUCUAACUAGCACUGGUUUUCUGAGUGAGAUUCUGACGAGAAAGUUAACUUCUCCACAGUGAAAUCUGAGGGAGUUUCGAGGCUGCAGAGAAGUGCAAUUAAAAUCCCCAAUUAGGAUUUUGUUAAUGAGUGCAAAAGAAUCAAGAAGACAAUGAAUGGGAAGAAGUUCGGAGGACGAACGUCCAGUCAAAUAUCCAUCUACGAUUAUCCUGAGCAUUUGAAUCCCUUCUACGAGGAUGAACAGCACAAGAGACUGCGUUUCUGGAAGAUCGGCAGGAAGUCCGACGGCAAGGUGAAGAGAAGUAACAGCUUCAGCCUCGAUGGAAUCAGAGAGUUAUGGACGCUAAAGUCUUUCCGACUGAGGAAGAAAUCCUCAACUCUGGGCAUCAACAAGACGUCUGAGAGUCCUCCACCGCUGAGGAGGACUCUCAUGGUGGAGGAACACGAUCCGGAUCGGGUCUAUCACACCCUGGAUCCCUCUUCCAGGCACACUGUCUCUGUGGGGCUCAACAACAGCUUCCAGCGAAGCGCCAGGUACCGAAGUUCACUGCAGGACAUGAGCAGUUUCCAGCAGAACUCCGCCUUCAGUCGCACAGACAAGUACAGGAACACUAUGCAGAAUGGCCAGGACUUUGUCCACAGAGGAGGAUCGAAGACACCUCAGCUGUCCUCGCGCUAUUCCGAUAAUCACAUCGCGCACAGCUCUUCUCAGCAGAGCUUGAACAGCACAAAUCCUUUCGAAGACGAGGAGAAUCAGGCAUCAGCUUCGGGAUCUGCAGCGAGCGGAUCGGCGAAGAAGCCCGUGAGGAAGAAGAGACGAGCUCCGCCUCCGCCAACGCCAAAGAUCACCGUAGAAACUGUUGAGAAGGAUGACCAGAAGCCCGUUGAGGCGGUGGCCAUUUCGAAUUUAACCGCAGAAAUUGAGAGUUUCGUGAAGAGCUCAGAAGCAUCAGAAGCGGUCGAGGAGGAAGCCAAAGAGAGUGCAGAGAUGGCGAUUCCUGUUCCUGUGCCCAGGCGAGAGAAGAGGGAAGCUCCAAAGUUCCAAGUCACCAAAGCCCAGGAGGAGAGUGACAUUGUGCUUCGCAUCACUGAGUCAAUUGAUGAUCUCACCAGUGAGUCACCGGCGAAAGUCGAAGCUGUCGAGGUCGUGGAGAAGAAACCGGAUGUGCCAGAGGAGAAAUCAGAAGAAGUUACGGUGGAGAAAGUCCAGGACAAGUCUGAUCCCUAUAAGAAUGUUGUGGUUGAGAUGGAGAAGUACGAAAUACGCUUCGCGCCGCUCAAGACGAACGACGACCUUGGCGAGGAGAAUCACCGGAGGAAUCCAAUAGAGCGCCAGAGAUCGGUUCAGGAGAUCAUUGACUCGAUCAAUAAGAACCAGAGCCUCCUGAAGAUCAACUACGAGGACGACAGUCGGGUGAGGAGCAUCAUGAAGGACAUUGAGAGCCAGAAGAUGGACGUGCAGCGCAGGAAGUCGUCGGACAGCCUCAACAGGAACAUCCAAGAGCUGGAACUGAAGGAGCGCGAGAUGAGGGAAUUGAUCAGAGAGCUGGAGGAGGCUUCGGACAUCCCUGUUGUCGUGCAAGAGUUCAAUAACAACUCCUUCGACAAGUGUGUGCAGCUGCGCGAUCCCGAGCGAGAUCAGAAUGACAACCAGACAGUGCAGAAGAGCAGCAUCGAGUGGAAUCCUCUGCCGAAGCCGCGACGCAGUCGAAAUCUCUCCGGUGAGGAUGUCGAUGUUCCGCCAACUUAAGCUUCUCCGCCCAGAAGAGCGUCACAGUUCUAUUUAGGUGCCAUUUAGACCGAGAGUGAUAAUAUAGCAAAUUAAUUUAUCCCUGAGUUCGCGAGUCAGGAAGAGCGGCUGGAAGAAGAGAUAUGAGAGAAUACAAUAUCCUAUUGUAGUAUUUAAAUCAAAA